AUGACUUCUCUCGGCCGUGGUGUAUUCGUCCCUGUACCUACGUUUUUCAGGGAAAACGAGGAUCUUGAUUUAGAAGCCUUUGAUAAACAUAUUGAAUAUCUUGCUAAUUCAGGUAUUGCUGGUAUCGUUGUAUUGGGAUCUAUGGGUGAAGCUGUAAACUUGUCUGAUGAUGAGCGAGUCCAAGUCAUUCGACAAUGCUCAGACAGUGUCCAGAAAUACAAUCGUUCCCUCAAGAUCAUCGCUGGUACUUCCAGUCAAAGCGCUCGCAACACCAUCACCUACACAAAGCAAGCUGCUGAAGCUGGAGCAGGUUUUGUCCUUGUUCUACCGCCCUCAUUUUACAAAGGAUCCAUGGAUCAUGAUGCUUUAUAUCAAUUUUAUACUACAGUGGCAGAUCACUCUCCCUUGCCUGUUGUCAUUUACAACUAUCCCGGCGUCUGUCAAGGUCUUGAUUUGAGCAUCCCAUUGCUGGUAGAAUUAUCAAAACAUAAGAACAUCAUCGGCGUUAAAGGCACUGAUGGCAAUGUUGGCAAGAUGGCAAAUUUGGUCAACAAGACCAAUUCUGAAGAUGUGACAUUGCUGGCCGGUUCUGUUGAUUUCUUCUUGCCUGAAUUGUUGAUUGGUGCCGUUGGAUUGAUUCCCGGUGCAGGCAAUGUGUUUCCCUCGCUUUGCGUUCAAAUUCAGGUAUUAUAUGAGGACAAUAGGCUUCAGGAGGCUAUCGCGUUACAAAAGAAGCUGGUGGAAGCAGACGAUGCAUUGUGCAGAUGGCAUGGUAUUCCAGGUAUCAAGAGCUUUAUCCAAAAGAGAUUAGGGUAUGGGCAUGGCGUGUGUCGCAACCCACUUCAAAAGGCAUCUCAGGCCAAUGCAACUGCUAUUGAAGAGGCUGUUGAUGCAGCAUGGUUAUUAGAGCAAAAAUACCGUUCUUCCAAAUAA